CUCGCAGCGAGGUGUUCGGUUCCCGUGCGCCAGGUUUUGCUGGCGAGAGCAGAAACCGAACAUGUGGCGGGCGUCCGUCGCCGCGGCAGCGACUGCGUCGUCGUCGUCUCCGUCGUCUCCCAUCCAAAAUGUAACUCCGGAGCUAUUAAGCCACCGCUCUCCCUACGAGUGCGCAGAUCGAGUUUCGCUUCUGGCCUUGCGACCGCCCUCCUCCAUCGAUGGAGUCCCUCCCCUUCGUUCUUCCCCGGUUGGGACAGUCCGGAACCCUCACCCUCACCGGGCCAAGUUUCGGGCGCGGGGUCGUGCGAUUCGUCUCCUUCGCUCCCGUGAAGGCGAGCUCCGGUGCCGAGGUCACUUCGGUCUCAUGUUCCGCCAUUGCUCCCGCUCCCGAUGCCCGACCUGGCCUUUGCAGGACGCCACCGCUGGCUUUGUUGGGAGGAAUAGAUGACGUGGAAGAGAAGAUCGAAAAGGUAAUCUACAAGUGCCGAUUUUUUGCGUUCCUCGCAGUGGCUGGUUCUCUGAUGGGUUCCAUAAUUUGUUUUCUCAAGGGUUGCACAUGUGUGAUAGAUUCUUACAGAGAAUAUUUUGACAGUGGAGCGAAAGUGGUUCUGAUGUUGGUUGAAGCCAUUGGUAAACCAAUAUAUGUCUAUCUUGUUGGGACUGUGAUGCUUGUCUUCGGGAUGGGUUUGUACGAGAUCUUCAUCAGUAAUCUUGACAUAGCAAAGAUGUCAUCCCAUGGAUCAAACCUUCUUGGGUUAUUUAAACUAAUGGAGCGUCCAAGAUGGUUGGAAAUUCAGUCUAUCAACGAAUUAAAGACCAAGUUAGGUCAUGUGAUAGUGAUGGUUCUAUUGGUUGGAAUGUUUGAAAAGAGCAAGAAGGUGACCAUAUCUUCUCCAACAGAUUUGUUAUGCUUUGCAGCAUCUAUUCUUCUAUCUUCUGGCUGCCUUUAUCUUCUGUCCAAGCUUCAUUCUACCAAAUGAAGUAAACAUGACUGAGACAGCAAUUUGAAAUGUAUCCCACUAUCUUUUGGUGUAAGGACAACUUUUCUCUAGUGAUUCGUGAGUACUUUAUCACUCACAGACAUGACUCUCAACUAUGUAUUUGUCGUUAAGCGCAUUUAGUAGAAAUGUUAAUAAGUGCUAUUCUUCUGAACCUUCACUAGAAAAUUUUAAUUAUCAUA